CGUUUUAUCCAAUAUCUUGCUCCCCGGAUCUUCCCACUUCAAAUUCAUUCCAAAUUUUCGUUUGCUCCCAACGCCGAAACGUAAAAGCAUGUCCACCAUUUCUUCUUUCACAUUCAUAAACUCCAAUUCCAAUAUCUUGUUCCCUUUUCCACUCUCUCCAGCCCCUCCUCCAUCUUCUCGUACUUCCUCUGAGUUGCAGUUACUCCAUCCUUCUUCACAUUACCCUAAAUUGCCUUCCACUUCUGUGAUUCGCUCAAUUUCUUCAAGAAAAUCUCUAAUCCACCUUUGUUGUAAAUCCCCUGAAGCGGAAGAGCUGUACUCGCCGGAAGACGAGUGGCUCCAGAAGCUUCCCGAAAAGAAGAAGCCCCUUUAUUCGCACAGCUUACCUUGCAUUGAGGCUUGGUUGCAGAAUCUAGGUUUUUGUCAAAGCAACGACGAUAGGGCUCUUUGGUUUAUUCAGAAGCCAGAUUGGCACGCUCAACUCUCUCUCGACAUCACUGACCUCUAUAUAAGGAGCUAGAAAGGAUUUCAUCGACUUUUUUUGAUGGAAUAGGAUUUCCUGUUGCAGAAUGAAGAUUCGAUUAUUGUGCAGGUAUUUGAAGAGUGGACCAGGAAACCUUGAAAAGGAUGUGGAAAGGAGGUUCAGCUACGCUCUGAGCAGAGAAGACAUAGAGAAUGC